AUGGACUACCAGAUACCCCAAGGGAUGCACGCCAUCCCGUCGGAACUUCUGGACCUCCGGCCUGAUUCGGAGAUUGAUCAAGAUCUGCUAAACCCCAAGCCCGUCACCGACGAGAAGAACAUCUGGCUUUUCUGGCACAGCGGCUUCAGCAACAUGCACCCAUACACGCGGCGCAACGCGCGUGCAUACCAUCGACGGCUCUCCAAGCUCGGCUGGGUGAUACGGGUGCUCGACAGACUGCCCAACUCACCCCUCAACGUGGCCAACUUUCUCGACACGACGGAUCCGGGGACCUUCCCCGCUGCCUUCAGGAACGGGACGAUCGGCGGCGAUCACGCUGUCCAGCACACGUCCGACCUGGUUAGAUGGCCACUGCUGCUGCGGUACGGGGGCGUGUAUGCCGACGUGGGCAUGAUGCAGAUCGGGGACCUGGACCGGCUGUGGAACGAGACGGUGGGGAAUCCCGAGAGCCCCUACGAGGUCCUCUCGUACAGCGGCGGGGAACCGGAGGCGAUGACGCUCACCAACUAUUUUCUCUGCUCGAACCGCAACAACCCGCUCUUUCUGCGCGCGCACAAGCUCUUCCUGGCGCUGUGGGACGAAGACGGCGGGAAGGCCAGCACGGAUGGCAUGCGGCAUAGCCCGCUGCUGAAGGGCGUGCCCUGGAUGAAUUAUAGCGGUUCUUUCACGGAGAAUGGCAUCACGUAUGGCCCGGCGGAGGUAACGGCCAUGCUGACGGACUACAUCAUCCAGGGUCAAGCUUUGACGAUGGCCAUGGCGAUCGAGGAUCCCGAGGACGGCUGGAACGGCCCCGAGUACGUGGCCACGCAUGUUUACGGGAUCGAGUUCAUGGUGGGAGGACAGCUCAUCAACGAGUAUACAGCCUGGGAUGGCACGCUGGCAUACAAUCUAAUGUCGCUGCCGCUCCCGCGUGACGGGGAGGCGGAAAGUGAACAGCAGGCCAAAGCUAGAGAGAUUGUGGAAGGCUGCUUAUCGAGGAGUUUUGGUUUCAAGCUGGCGACUGGUCUAAUUUUAAGGGUGAAGGGUGACACGCUGAGCUCACUCUGGAGGAAGAACCCGGGAGCCGAUGAUAUUCCUGGCACAUAUGCACAUUGGUUACGACAGGGAAUGAUUUACUGGACUCAAGACAAGGUGCCGCCGACGGUAGAAUGGAAGGCAGUGAAACCAUUCAAGACAGGGCCUUUGCUCAGGGCAGAGUAA